GGCUAUUUUUUAUUUUGAAAAUUUUGUUCUAAAUUAAUUUGUAUCGAUAGGAAAAAGUAAAAAUUGAAAUUUCGGACUUACGAGAUGAGACCAUCUAUUUAUUUUUUAUUUUGUAGAUGCACACCCUUAAAGCUUAUUCCCAGGAAUGUUAUUUUCAAAUAUAUAAUAAUUGUUUUAUAACUUUCAAAACGUAAAUGUUUAUUUAGGUUCUAUUAUAAUAUUAUGGUAUACAAUACACCACCAAAUGUUAUUAAGAUCGCCUUAUGUAUUUAAAGUUGAUUGGAGAGAUAAAUGGGACAUUUUAUAUUCAUUUAUACAACUUACAUAAGACCAAAGAUAGAAUUUGCACAGACCGUCUGGGAUCCAUACUUUGUGAAAGACAUUGAACUGCUGGAAAGAGUACAAAGGAGAGUCACCAAAAUACCACCAACCCUAAAAAACAAUGAGUAUUGUGAUCGGCUAGCCAAACUACAACUUACAAGUUUAAAGGAUAGAAGAACUAGAGGAGACUUAAUAGAAACCUACAAGUGGACCAGCGGAUAUUACACCUGUGAUAACAUCAUCCAGGCCAGCACAUCAAGAACCUUGAGAGAUCACUCGAAGAAAUUAGAUAUAAAGAAAAGUGUAAUAAACUGCAAAGAAAAAAUUUCGUAACAAACAGAAUUGUAUAUCUGUGGAAUGGUCUCCAGCAACAUACAGUCUCAGCCCAGAGCAUAAACCAGUUGAAG